AUGGCUCGCAAGGGCAGUUCGAAGGUCCGGACGGGCUGUCUGACAUGCAAGGUCCGCAAGGUCAAGUGUGACGAGGAGAAGCCCCAUUGCCGACGCUGUGUGGGCACCGGCCACAAGUGUGACGGCUACGCCCCGGCCCCCGGCCUGCUGUGGCACCGCCCGCGUCACCUGUUCCCAGACGUGAACGAUGCCGGCGAGAGGAGAUCGCUCCAGUUCUUCUGCGAGGGCGCCGCGCCAUUCAUGGCCGGGCCGAUGGACCCCUACUUCUGGACGCACCUCGUCAUGCAAUUCAGCAGCUUCGAGCCCGCCGUGCGCCAUUCCGUCGUCGCCCUGAGCGCCCUCUACGAGCAGGUCAUUCGCAGGCCAGCAUCGGACCAGCAGGAGCUCGACUACAGCGUCGUGCUCCGCCACUACAACUCGGCCAUCCGCGAACUGAAGACGGCGAGCGAGCCCCUGGUGCUGAUGGUCUGCGUUCUGUUCACCUGCAUCGACUUCCUGCGCGGCGAACGAGAAGCCGCCAUUGAGCACGUCAAGCACGGCGUCUUCAUCCUGGAGGGCGUCGAAGACUCGUGUUCCUGGAUCAAGGAGUACCUGUCGCCCAUCUUCCGCCGUCUCAGCAUCUUCCCCUUCUUCUUCACAGUUAAUACCGACAGCUUCGCGAAGCCCAUCGGCCUCCAUGACGAGAUCCCUGCAGCUUUUGGUACCUUUAGCGAGGCACAGUACUUCGUAGACGGCAUCAUCAGUCGUACCAUACGUCUAGUCCGGUAUGGGGAUUCAUACAGGCUCGGCGACCUGGCCGGAAGCCCUGUGCCCGACGAGCUGCUAGCCGAGCAGGAGAGGAUUCGCGUCACCCUUGACCAGUGGCGCUUGCGGUUUGCCUCACUCGAGCCCAAGCUACACGACCCAGGGACUUCAGAGGUCAUGACGUGCAGCAUAUUGAUGCGCUACGAGGUCGCCAGGAGCUGGCUGGAGAUGGCAUUUAACCACACGGAGGCUGGCUACGACAGCUUUCUAAACAGGUUCCGAUGGAUGGUCCACGAGGCAGAGCGGCUGGAGGCAGCGGGAUACUGCAAAGACACGACGACGUUUAGUUUUGAGAUGGGAUUCCUUCCGCUGCUUUAUUAUGUAGUCAUGAGGUGCCGGUGCCUCGAGACGAGGGUACGGGCGCUUUCGUUGAUGAAGAAGCUCGGAUCACCCCAGGAGAACCUGUUUGAGCUGGUCACGAUGCAUGCGGCAGGGAAGAGGUUCAUCGAGAUCGAGCACGGCGCCUUGUUAGAUGAAGCGGGUGACCUGGUCGGGGAGGCCUUGUGCCCCGGCCUACCAGCCGACGAGAUGAGAAUACGGGAUGUGACGACACACCAGAAGCCCGUAGUACAGACAGCUGCCAACGGCGAGCAAGUGACGGGGAGGAUGGUUGGGUUUUACAUGCGCGCAGCUGAUGGCCGCAUACAUGUUCGCAACGAGUUCGUUCCUGUGUCGCCCUUGUAG